UAUCCUCUUCAGGUGUUCUUCCUCUCUACUUUUCUUUGCUCUCUCAGUUUGAUACCAUUUUCUUGGUGAAAGGAUUCCUUUCUUCUUUCCCAAGAAACAAAAAUGGAGAAGCUCAGAUGCUGCAGCAACUUCCUUGAGAGCUCCAAACCCUACUUUGCAAUGAUAUCUUUGCAGUUUGGCUAUGCUGGCAUGAACAUCAUCAGUAAGGUUUCCCUCAAUAGAGGGAUGAGCCACUAUGUUCUGGUGGUUUACCGCCAUGCCUUUGCAACCGCUGUCAUCGCCCCCUUUGCUUUCAUUUUUGAGAGGAAAAAGCAACCGAGGAUUACAUUUCCAGUUUUCAUGCAGAUUUUUGUCCUUGCUCUUCUUGGGCCGGUGAUUGAUCAAAACUUCUAUUAUGCGGGGCUGAAAUUCACAUCACCAACUUUCUCAUGUGCAAUAAGCAACAUGCUCCCUGCCAUGACUUUUGUAAUGGCUGUCAUAUUCCGGAUGGAGAAGCUAGACCUGAAGAAAGCUCGGUGCCAAGCAAAGAUGGUGGGAACUGGAGUGACAGUAGCUGGGGCUAUGUUGAUGACUUUGUACAAAGGGCCCCUUGUGGAGUUGGUGUGGUCCAAGCACAUCCACCCUCACAACUCUUUUGAGACAACUUCCUCAGGAAGCACUUAUGACAAGGACUUUUUUAAGGGAACCAUGUUCCUUAUCAUUGCCACUCUUGCCUGGGCUGGUCUUUUUGUCUUACAAGCUCAUGCUUUGAAGACAUAUAGGAACCAUCAGCUGUCUCUUACAUCUCUGGUGUGCUUUGUGGGCACUCUACAGGCCAUUGCUGUCACCUUUGUCAUGGAACACAAACCCUCUGCCUGGAAAAUUGGCUUUGACAUGAGACUCCUUGCAGCUGCCUAUGCUGGAAUUGUUACAUCAAGCAUUUCAUACUAUGUCCAAGGGCUAGUGAUAAAGAAAAAAGGACCUGUCUUUGCAACUGCCUUUAGCCCCUUGAUGAUGAUAAUUGUUGCUAUUAUGGGAUCUUUCAUCCUGGCAGAAAAGAUUUUCCUUGGAGGGAUUCUUGGUUCUGUGUUGAUUGUUGUGGGCCUUUACUCAGUGCUAUGGGGAAAGCACAAAGAGAGCAUGGAAAAUAAAGAAGAGGAGAUACCAGAUGCUAUAAAGGGUGGUCAAGUAAAUGGCAAUGCAGUUUCAGGAAUUGAAGAUAUUGAAGCUAAUGGAAAUAUUCAAAUGGGGAAGGGAGAAGCUGAUAAGAAAGCAACUGCUCUCUCCUGCUGCCAUUAAUUAGCAUCUCCAUUUCCAUGAAGAACCCCCCAUGAAAGCCAGCCAAGAGAUCACUAAAGCAAAAUCAUAGGAACGGAUGGAUGGGGAUGGGCUUUUUUGUCUUUGCAUCCCCCGUUUUGUCAUCCUCUUUUCUUUUUUUUUUCCCUUUAU